GGCUGAGACUCGCGCGUCAAGCCACGCGGCUCAGCAUGAAACAGUGUGCACUGCAAUCUUCCCCCCUCCGUAGUCUUUCGGGCUCGAGCCGGUUGGCUCAAGUCGCUCUGACCCAGGCCGUCCUGCAGCGCGCGCAGCACAGUCCCCGCGCGCAUGCCGUGCUCGUCCCCCGGGGGCCGCAGCCCUCGCAGGCGCGCGCACGGCCUGCGCCUCGCGCCUCGCGCCUGGGCUCUGCGGCCGCUGCUGCUGCUGCUCCUCCCGCUGCGGCCCCAGAGCGCAGGCCCCUUCCUCCGCGCAAGCCCGGCGGAGGUGAACGCUAGCAUCGGUCGCGAUGAAGCGGAGCCGUGGUACUCUGGCGACCCGCGCUGCUGGAGAUACAGCGAGGAGGGCGAGCGGGAGGGGUGGAUCAUGGCGAGCGGGGAGGCGGAUCUGGAGCAGCCGGACUGGAAGAGGAUAUUCCUAGAGCGGCCUUCGCUGGUGAAGAGGAUGUGCUGCUCGGAGGGGCACCAUGGCAGCUGCUGGCGCGGUGGCUUCACCUUCCAGCGCUGCUGCACCCGUCUGGGUCGGGCGGCCGCCGCCGGCGCAGGCGUUGAGGAGAAGCGCGGGAGCCUCUGCGUGGCCACGCCAGAGGUGCGGGCCGCGUGCUGCGCAGUGUACUCGCCGCCGUUGUGUUGGACCCCCCAGGAGACCAAGCUGGAGUUCUUUUGGCGCUGCUGUGCACGGCCAGACCCCCCGACAGCGGAGCCGGUCUUCGCGGGCCAGUGCCACACGCGGCUGUGGAUUGAGGAGGUCUUCUCGCGGCACAUCUGCAAGGCGGUCGCCGCACCGCCCAUGCGGCCUUCGGACCUGAGGUGCUUGGCGGACCACUUCUACAGCACGGGCGACGCCCUGCCCGCCCUCCUGCCCAUCCUCGAGGGCCUCGCGGCCCGGGGGAGGGACGGGCUGGCGAUGUGCCCGGCAGCGGCCGUGCUGGCGCAGCUGCUGCGGCUCGAGCAGGGCCUGCACCAGGUGCCGCUGGGGGGCACGCUGCGGGAGCUGCGCCAGCUGCGCUCCUUCUGGCUGCUCCUGUGGCGGGCCCGGAGGUGGCCCGCCAGCAAUGCGACCGUCGCGGGCCGUCGUCCGCGGUCGGCCGAGUGGGCAGAGGAGGAGGAAGAGGCUGCCCUGAGUGCCCUCGUCUUCAGGGGUUUUUCGCGGGUCGAGUCGCGGGCCGCGGAGCUGCAGAGGGUCGUCGCCAGGAGAGAUCGAGACGGGUUCGGGGUCCACCUGGUCAUACCGAUCUGCUGGCCUCCCGACGCCGCUCACAUCGAUACGGCCAUACAGGACUUUUUCAAGCCGGCCCGCAUGAAGUGGUGCAAACUGUUCGUGUACGAUCUCUGCUACAGCCUCCUGCCGCACGACAGCUUCGAGCUGUACAGCAUGAGGAACGACGUCGAGAUAAGCAUCGCCGAGCCGGGCGAGACUGCCAUGCGGCAGAAGGCGGCGGCGCGGUGGCGCCGCGAUCCUCAGUUCGAGUGGCUACGCCAGCUGGCGGAUUGCUUCGGCGAGCUGAUCGUGGUGCCGUUCCACCAGGAGAUACACCUGUCCGAGGAGACGAGCAUCCUUCACCACGUCGCGACGCACCACCAGAACCUGCCUGACGUGGUUCUUCUCCUCCACCCUGACUUCUACGAGCACGUCUCGCAGAACGCCAUGGAGACGGUUUUGAAGUCUCUGUCCUUGCGCCAGUGGCCAGCAGAGACCUCAUUCCUACACCUGGGGCACAGGCACAACGGCCCCGAGGACGAGAACGGCCGCGUCGCGUCUGAGGUGCGGACAUACUGCUCGGUUCGACCUGGUGCUGCGGGUGCGACAGGAAAGGGCGUGUUCGCAGGCGUGACUCGGCUAGAACGUACGAGCGACAGAGGACCCUCUGGGAAUUUUUGCUUGUGGUACGAAUUCGUAUGGUGGCUGGUUUUUGAGCGUCCGUUCGAUCUCGAGGUCGACGAUUUUGGAGGCUACGACUACGCUCAGAUCGCCUUCACGCGGGAGGCCGCACUGCGCCGUCCCCAGGCCUGGUGGGCUCGCGUCUGGAGGGCGCUCUGCACCCGGAGCAACUAUGAGCUCCUGCUGGGAACGAGGUUUGUCUCGUGGGUGGACCUGAGCGUGAACGAUCACUGGAACACAUCGGAAAGGGCCAACGCAAGGGAUUGGGCCAAGAGGUUCCACAAGGGUUUGGAGCUGACGUUCGAGAAUCUGUGGCACGCCUUCUUCUUUCCAGAUGCGGAUUCCCUCUUGUGGCAGACGAGAUUCAGGAAUCCUGAUGUUCCGCUGAGCUUCAAGUUCUCAGUGCUGAGCAGCAAUAAUCCAAGACUCCUGCAGUACUACCGAUGGAACCGAGGACCGUGCGGCCAUGGCACGGGGGAGCUGUCACAGCCCUCCUAUUCUACAGGGCUCCGAAGACCAUGACGGCUGGAUGUGGACGGAGAGGAGGAGCGGGCGGAGGAGCAAAGCAGAAUCCGAGUCACGGUGCGCGUCCCGGGGACUCGUGCGCCGGGCUCCCAGUCGGCACCCGCGCCGGCGGCGUGGCGAAGGGAAGCCGUGACCAAGGCAGCCCAGGCUCGCCGGGUCCGCCCUCUCGGAGGUGCCGCCCCUAGCCAGGCGCCUCCUUCAAGCACUUGCCGAACAGAAACCUCGAGUUUCCAGGGCAUUGCAAGUAUUUCCAGUUUCGCGCCCCUUCGGCUGGGAGGGUCUGCUGUUUGCUGUCAUGGGGAACCUUACCACUGGAGCUCGAUCCUCCGAGGGUCGCGGGCCCCCAUGACGAGGGCUGCCCGGCCCUGGCUCAGCGCAGGAUUUGCAUGGGGACACCUCUAGAGAUGAUGCAGCAGCAACAGCGCGAGCCACCUCAGCCUCUGGUUCCUCCUGCUGCU